GGCAUGCGUACGCGCAACUCAGUGUUGCCGCGCAUUUCAACCGGUGCAUACACACGCAUCACGCACGGGUCGAUGACUCCGACAUGCCAAUUCAUUGAUACGGAUUUACUUAAUUAGUGUUUAUGUAAUGAGAUGUUACAAUUUCACGUUUAAGCCAUAAGUUUACGAAAUAAAGCAAAAUGAAUACGAACAUUUUGUUAUUUAUUGCCAUUAGUUUUGUGCCAGUGGUUUUAUCGAAAGCUGGACGGUAUGCUAGACUCCAAACUGACCCGUUAUCGAAGACGAGAUGCGAUCUCAUCUGCCAGGACGCGAGCAAGGAAACUAAAACUAAGUGCCGCUCAGAAUGCCGUGCCAAAGAGCUGAAGCCUGGCACGUGUCCAAUAUCCGACAACCCCAGGUGGCAGGCCGCGUGUGUGGAGGCCUGCAACCAGGACUCACAGUGUGAUGGCACACAGAGAUGCUGCAAGCAUGGCUGCAGCUCAGUUUGCAACGAGCCUGUCGACUUGCUGACAUUGCCAGGUCUUCCCGCGUUACCAAAAGUGGAAGAAGCAAAAGAGAGGCGCAAGUCAGUGUUGGUGAGAUGGUCUGGUGGUGUGGGGGAUUCUGCGAGAGCUGUACCUGGCAGAGUGCUCUAUCUUUUGGAAGAACAGCAUCAUCUCGGACCUAAGUAUGAGGAAGCGAGAUUAGGAGACUGGAACUUGAUUACGAGGACUAAUAAAACGAAAGUCUCACUCAAGAGCUUGCUGAAGCCAGGCCGCUGGUACCGUUUCCGAGUAGCAGCUGUCAGUGCUGCUGGCACCAGGGGUUUCUCGGAACCCAGCGCUCCUUUCACCCCACGGAAGGGACCCAGGCCACCACCACCGCCGAAGAAGUUGAGAGUACAACCAGUGCGGACUGAAAAUGGAACCGUCACAAUAAGAUUGGAGUGGAAGGAGCCCCGAUCCGAUCUGCCAGUGAUGAAGUAUAAAGUGUUCUGGAGCAGACGAGUCCGCGGCCUGGGUGGAGAGCUGGAUUCCGUGCUGGUCAAUCACCAGACUGUACCAAAGGAUCAACAUUCUGUUGAAAUAAAGGAUCUGCAGCCGAAUUCUCUGUAUUUCCUCCAAGUUCAAACAAUAAGUCUCUUUGGUCUCGGAAAACUUCGAAGUGACAAGGCGGCCAUUUUUUACAAUACAACCGCAACUGAAGAACGUCGGCCAGAACCUUUACUGAAACGUAAAGAGGAAAAGAAAAUUAAAGCCGUGAGACUGAAUAGGUUCUUGUGGGAAGAUCAUAAAAUAAAGGCGAGAAUUGCUUGGCAAACUGUGGCUAAUAAGGAUCAACAGCCAAAGAGAUUCUAUGUACAUUGGAGAACCUUUAAAUGUCACCACCCUAUUAGAGAAAUGAAAAAUCUAUCAGCGAUUACUGAGCUGACCUCUUUCGAAAUCUACGAACUAGACUACCACUGCAGUUACAAAGUGAAUGUAAAUUCAUCUGGCAACACUAUCAGCCCAGAUUCCGAGUUCAUACUAACAGUGCCUUCAUGUGAAUAUUUCCAACGAAAAAUAAACGCGACAAUACAUUGCAAGACCUGAUGAUAAAUCUUAGUUAUUUAGGAUGUUGUAUUAAAAUAGGUGCAAAAAAAUGGUCAAAGUAAAUGAUCGAACACAAUUAUGCAAUUUUAAUUGUUUCAAUUAUCUACAUAAACUGUAAUGAAACUAAACGCACCCAUUGAAAAAGACUAAAAAUAUUUAGACCGUACGAUGUAUUCAUCAUUAAUAUAAGGUUUUGUACGUUAAUUGUAAGUAGGAAUUAUUUAUUAUAAGUUUUUUAUAGAAUAAAUUAAGACUAUGAACUAGAAA